AUGGAAAGAGGCGACUCAAAUGUACCCACAUCUACUUCAAUUCAAUCUGAGGUUCAGAUUCUAACUGUUGGAAGCCCUGCUUGGAGAAAUUUAGGAGUAAUACCUUACCGUUUUAUUUGGCCGACAUGGAAGGUUAUGGUAAAUGGGAGACUUCAUUGGCUUUCUACGCCUAACAAAUUUAGUACUGCUAGCUUGCUCAUAUCGUUUGACCUCGAAACAGAGCAAUUCCAAGAGGUUUCUAAACCUGAUUGCUGUGGCUUAGAUAGGUGUUUUCAACAUCUGAUGGUUCUACGAGGUUGUCUCUUAGCCGGUUCGUAUCAGGAUAAUGAACAAUUGGAGAAUUGGUUUAUGAAGGAAUAUGGUAUGGAGGAGUCCUGGGUCAAAGAAUUCAACGUCAGAUAUAAUUACUUGCCCCAAACAUUGAAUCAAGAAGAGAUCCGGUCCUUCAAUAAUUCAAAACUUCAUUUUCCUAAGUCAUUCGUUCUAGUUCUAUGUAUAUUGAAGAGUGGUGAGAUCUUGUUGGAGUACAAAAGCCGAGCACUUGUUCUUUAUGAUCCGCGACACGGAACAUUCAAGGACUUUACAUUUCCAGAAAUGCCAAAUUGGUUCAAAAUAAUUACUCAUGUUGGCAGCCUCAACUGGCUUGAUAGUACUCCUUCCUACUAA